AGCCUGUCCGUUCUUUGACAGCUCGCUCCGUACUCGACGUCAGGUUACUGUAUGGCAGUAGUGAUACUUGACGACGUGUCAUUGACCAUUUAACUGUAUGACAAUCAACUAAAAUUCAAGUCAACCAUUUCUUUUUAGCCAAAAUAUGUUUUGCUUUAUUUUUCGUAUUUAGCCGUUUAGCUGUUUUGCUAACUAACUAGCAUCGCUGACGGCGAACUAGCAACUUGUCAACGUUAGCUAGCACUGUUAUGGCUAGCAACAAUUAGCUACACUGUCUUUCAAUUUUGCAGCUACCUGAAUAUUUUUCUAAAUAUUUUUUUGACUUUUCUUGAUUUAACAAGAUGCGUGCUUUUAGCCCUGUUUGGGCUUUUCUCUAGUUAGCCGGUGUUUGGUGGUCAGUCUUGUUUUUGUUAUCAGGAAAGCGUAAACAGUUAUUGUUUACCGAGGUUCAGCUGUAGCUAGCUGCAUCUAUUGUUUACACGGUCAGCUGAUGUGCACUGUGGGCAUGUGGUGGUUGUAACAAUACGGGAUCAGCUACGGAACAACUGCAGCGGACAUAUGGACAUGGGGCUGGGAGGAAGCUAUAACGUCACAACUCAGCAGCCGACUCAUACCUGGAUGAGGAUGAUCGGGGCUUUGAAGGAGGACAGCUGUGUCUGCUGGACUGGUUGACUCUGUGUGGGACAAAGGACAGGAGUUUGUUUGUCCAUAUUAAAGCUUAAACUAAAACAAGACUACAUGAGGAGUAUGUAUCUGGUCCACACCUCUGGCACUGGGAUGUUGCUGAAGACCUUCGUGAUCACCAGUCUUCUUGGCUGGGCGGAAUGUCAGGAGAGCCAGAGCAUGACACCAGAGGAGAGGACUGUUAUCAGUGACCAGAUCAUUGAAAUGUUUGACCAUGCCUACGGCAGUUACAUGAAAUAUGCCUACCCAGCAGACGAGCUCAUGCCUCUCAGCUGCAGGGGGAGAGUCCGCGGCCAGGAGCCCAACAGAGGGGACAUAGAUGACUCCUUGGGGCAGUUUUCCCUCACACUGAUUGACACCCUUGAUACGCUGGUGGUGUUAAACAAGCUCGAUGAGUUUGAGGACGCAGUGAAGAAGACCAUCACAGAUGUACGCCUUGACAACGAUGUGGUGGUGUCCGUGUUUGAGACCAACAUCAGAGUUUUAGGAGGGCUUUUGGGAGCCCACGUGAUGGCCGACCUGCUCCGGCAGCGUGGGGAGAGGAUGCAGUGGUAUCGUGACGAGCUCCUGCACAUGGCCAAAGAGCUGGGCCAUCGAUUACUGCCUGCCUUUAACACCACAAGUGGCCUUCCCUACCCUAAGGUGAAUCUGCGGUACGGCGUCCUAAACCCACUUUCACGCACAGGCACAGAAUCGGACACCUGCACAGCAUGUGCUGGAACAAUGAUCCUGGAGUUUGCUGCCCUCAGCCGACUGUCAGGAGAUUCUGUUUUUGAGGAACAUGCCAGGAAGGCUCUGGACGUCCUCUGGCAGAGGAGACAGAGGGGAAGUGACUUGGUGGGGACCGUCAUCAAUAUCCAUAGUGAAGAAUGGGUCCGGAGAGACAGUGGAGUUGGUGCUGGUAUCGACUCGUACUAUGAGUAUCUGAUGAAGGCCUACAUUCUUCUAGGAGACAAUGUUUUCCUGGAAAGGUUCAACAUUCACUACAGUGCCAUUAUGAAGUACAUCAGUCAGCCUCCCCUGCUGCUUAAUGUACACAUGCACAACCCCACUGUGAACGUGCGCAGCUGGAUGGACUCUCUCCUGGCAUUCUUCCCCGGCUUACAGGUGUUGAGAGGAGACCUGAAACCAGCUAUUGAGACUCAUGAAAUGCUUUAUCAAGUCACCAAACAGCACAAGUUCCUUCCAGAGGCGUUCACUACGGAGUUUAGAGUUCAUUGGGGCCAACACCUACUGAGACCAGAGUUUGCGGAAAGCACCUACUACCUCUACAAGGCCACUGGCGACCCGUACUACCUCAGAGUGGGACAGUCCAUCGUGGAAAAGCUCAACGCCUACGCCAGGGUGCCUUGCGGGUUUGCUGCUGUGCAAGAUGUCCGCACCGGGAGGCAUGAAGACAGGAUGGACUCAUUCUUUCUGGCUGAGAUGUUUAAAUACCUGUACCUGCUGUUUACGGAUAAGGGUCAGCUGCCCAUCGAUAUUGACGACUACAUCUUCACCACGGAGGCUCACCUCCUCCCUGUGUCUCUCUCCACCACCCAGACGCCCUGUCAAGGCAACAAUACGGAGAGUGUUCCCCUUUCUAAAGAAGAAGAUCUGUUCACACACUCCUGCCCCAGCAUGGAGACGUUGUUUCCCAACAACCCCUCCUUUGCCAAAACCAUACGGGACAGCUACAAGUACCUCACUGGAGUGGGACGACCCUUCCACCCCUUACCUGUCAGGGAAAUUGAACUACCGCUCCAUGAUAACGGGAUGGAGCCAGUAGAGUUCUUGAGAAGCAUGGGUAUUUCUCUCACCCCGCUCAAUGAGGUGUUUGCAGGACAAACAGGAAGUCUGAAGGAGCAUAAAGGAGUGUACCGGGUGAAACUUGUGGCAGAGGUGAGCCACACCACGGAGGAGGAGGAAGUGUUGCCCCACGUUGUCCAGCUCAUAUCCCCCCCGUUUCUGGGUAGGACAGUCUUCACAGCGGGACCUGCCAAGUUUGGGAUGGACCUCACCAAGCAGGAGCACGGGGUGAAGGGCAGCAUAGUGAAGGCCUCUCCCUACACUGCAUGUGAGCCAAUAGAUAGUGCAGUGGAGCUUAAAGGGCACAUCGCUCUGGCACUGCGCGGUGACUGCAUGUUUGCUGUAAAGGCCCGUUGGCUGCAGGAAGCUGGGGCCAUAGGAGUCAUCUUUAUAGACCACCGCGAGGGAAGUAAUAGCGAGGACACUCCCCUCUUCCAGAUGGUUGGAGAUGGCGACUCCACUGAAGACAUCACCCUGCCUUUGGUCUUCCUGUUCAGCCGCGAGGGCGCCGUGCUCACAGCAGCUCUGGAGGAACAUCACAAUGUGGAUGUGCUGCUGCUGCCCAAGGAGAGGCAGCUGGGCCAUGAUAAGACAGAAAAACAUGUCGGCAUGAAUAUCAAAUUCCGUCUGGCAGAGGAGGGGGAGCUGGAGGACGGAUCGACCAGAGGGCCCACCCUGGAGUUCGUCUUGGAGAAACAGGAGGUGUUUCUAAAGGAAGAAGAAGAAGAGCCGAGAGGACGACAACAACCACCACAGCAGUUCUGCUCAAAGGCAGCGGAGAACGACAGAACUGAACCGUGUUCGGCCGAGUCCUCUCAAACCGCAAACUUUAACAGUAGACCAGACGCAAAACCUUGACCACUGCUGAUCCCGUAAGCAGUCGAGUUUCCUGACACUGAUUUCUCGUCAGUUUCUGAAUGGCGUGCGCCUCAGAGCCCCUCACUGCCUACACGGAGCCCUAACUGACCCAUGUUUACAACCGAUGGAGGAGAGGAAAGCAGUGUGAACACCACAUUCACAUCCUGUCUCGACUUCUAACCCUAAAGAUGGUACUGCAUUUGUUAGACAAAGAAUCAAAGUGGAGCUUUUACUGAAACUGCUGAAAUGAGGGACGUCAUGAGACUAAACUAGGUAGUUAGAGGUCAGAAGCUGUAGGUUAAGAUGGCCGGGCUGGUGUUGCCCACACCCCAGCCUGUAGUGUUGCUUGGCACAUACAAAGUGUCCUUGAUGAUAAGGACAUGGAUCACUGACUAGAAUUUAUAAUGAGCUCACCUUAGAGGAAAACAUAGAUAAAGCAAACAUGUACUCAGCUAGGUUUUUAUGCAAUGCAGUUUGUUUUUAAAGUGGAGAGCACCGUUUCACUUCCAACAGCGACUGUUAAGUAUUCAGUGGUGGGGAGUGGAAUAUCACCUGGCCAGUAGGUGGGGUUAGCCACCGUAGCCUCUCAAUAAUAUAACAAUGGAAGAUGAAGGAGAUGAGCUGGGGCCAAUUUAGGAAGUUUGUUUUCUUUUGUACUAGUAAAUAUCUUCAGGGAAUUUCGAGAGUGAAUGCAGUUUGCCUGGUUGACUCAUUUGAUGAAAUGUGCAUUUCUUUUUUUCUAGUGUGAGUAUGUGAGUCUGCAACAUUGCUCUCUGAUGAAACCCUACUUUUCUUACAGAGUCAUCAUGCACGGAAUAAAAGGUCUGUAGGAUCAGCCACCAUGAAUUUUAAGAAAUGAAGUUUGGGUUUUUCAGGCUGUUUUCCAGCCUAUAAAUAACUUUGUAGUCAUUGAAUUGUAAUUCAUCAUGUUAAAGCCAUCUUUAACAUGAUGAACCAUCUUAAAGCAUUGCAAACAAAAAUGACCAAAGCUGGUUUUCUUGCAACUGAAGUCUUUAUGUAAGUCUGUAUGUUUAGUUCCAGAGGCAGCGGCACAGGUUGGUCUGCGGUCCCAGACUGCUUUGCACUUUGAAACACGGGUAUGAUGAUCGUCUACGCCAUUUGUUUGUGUUGCAAUAAGUCAUUUAUCGUCCAAUUUACAUUGUGCACCGAUGCAACGUUUUUUUUAGCCCAUAUGGACAACUCUACAAGGAUAGUUUGAAAACCAAAAAAAACUAAUAGUUAGUGAGUCAUACAUUUAGAUUGUCAUCAUCUAAAACAGUCAAACCAGAAAGGCCUAUUGAAUCCUGUACAUCGCUUCUACUCUCUACACAAACUGAACCGUAUAUUAUGAGGACUCACUUUAUGUAACUGUUCAAUAAUAUGCAGAACUCUUAUCAGCUCAUUCUCUCUAAUAAUGUGUUGCAUGAUUUUGUUUGUUUGUGUGUGUGUGUGUGUGUUACAUUAAAUGUGAGCUUAUGUUUGUGUGGGGGGAAAACACUUUUCAUGCCAGAGUAUGUUUUUGAUGCUGCUAAGUUAAUUUCACGUCUUAAUCCAACAUUCAUUUUUUUGUUUUGCCUGUGUGAGGUUUUUGCCGACCCGUAUACCUCAGGACUGUGUGUUACAGUUCACACAGAGAAAACCACCGCAGAUGUUUUUAAUAAUUUUUCAUGCUAUUUGAGUUUCAGCUGUUCUCUUAAGAUUUCUGUUGAUCAGUGGCUGAAAGUCAAGUGCCAAAAAAGAAGCAUAACGUGGCUCCAGUUUCCGUUUCACAUCUUCUCUGUAUUUAUUUUCCGACUGUGAGCCGAGGCAGUCCUUUCAAUAAAUUUGAAAUCACAAUUAUCAAAGCUUUUGCCUGUGUUUUUCCUGCAUUAUAGAUUGAAAUGACUGCAUUUUUAACAGCUGUGGAAUAUAAUAUUUUGUUCUAUUGAAGUAAUCUAAUCUUGAACUUCAGCAGUGAAGUUGUAUUUUGACUGUAAAAUGUUCUACUCCAUCACUGGAUGUUACAUCGGUAGGAAAGAUCUUCUUUGUAGUUGAAUCUCUUCACGUUACAUGAAGUUAUUUUAGCAUCACUAUGUGUUUCCUGUGAAGCAUUCAGAGAGGAAACAUGAGGAUGUAUCGUGUGUUCAGAAAACCAAAUGCCACUGUGAAUUAUUUUUUUUUUUCUCUUUUGUAAUGUCAGCAGAAGAUGAGACAGACCUUGAAACCUUUUGUGCCGGAUAGAAACAGCUGCUUCAGAGCACAAUCGUACGAAAUGACGUUCAAGAUGACGUCAUUGAUAAUGACCGCGGUGAGCUGAUAAGUGCAAAUGAUUCACACAUGUUAUAUCAUGAAAUCACACGCAAACAGUUCUGAAGUUCCCCGGUAGUAUACUUUAUAAACAUUUAUACUGUUACUGUUCAGAGUUGGUACAUUGAUUUAUUCUACCGGUGGUAGUUUAUAUCUGAUAACUGACAGAACCAGCUGCUGUCAAGUGAUGGUGGUUUUGUUUCUGCCCUGGUCAAUGAAUUUCGGCCUUUUUUUUU